GAAGAAGAAGAAGGAGACAGGAAAAGGAAAGAAAGGGAUGGAGAGAGUGAUAAUGUGUGUAUUUUAACACUUUUGGCUGUUGCUUUUAGGAAAUCUUUGAUUGGUUGCAGCAGUAGAAGUAGUUGUAAUGGUGAUCACUCUUCCAUGGAGAUUGGCAUGCCUUCCAAUGUUAGGCAUGUUGCACAUGUUACCUUUGAUCGCUUCAAUGGUUUUCUUGGCUUGCCCGUUGAGUUUGAACCUGAAGUUCCUAGAAGGGUUCCCAGUGCCAGUGCAAAUAUUUUUGGAGUUUCAACAGAAUCUAUGCAGCUUUCUUAUGAUGCCAGAGGAAAUAGUGUACCUACAAUACUCUUGCUAAUGCAAAGGCAUUUGUAUGCACAAGGAGGUCUACAGGCUGAAGGAAUCUUCAGAAUUAAUGCUGACAAUAGUCAAGAGGAGUUUGUGAGGGAACAAUUAAAUAGAGGGAUUGUACCAGAUGGCAUUGAUGUGCACUGCUUAGCAGGUCUUAUAAAGGCUUGGUUCAGAGAACUUCCAACUGGGGUAUUAGACCCUCUUUCACCAGAGCAGGUGAUGCAGUCCCAAUCAGAAGAAGAAUGUGUUCAACUUGUGAGGCUUCUUCCUCAGACAGAAGCUACUUUACUAGAUUGGGCAAUAAACCUAAUGGCUGAUGUUGCUCAACUAGAACAUUUGAACAAAAUGAAUGCUCGUAAUGUUGCAAUGGUUUUUGCACCAAACAUGACUCAAAUGGCAGAUCCUUUGACUGCUUUGAUGUAUGUAGUGCAAGUGAUGAAUUUUCUUAAGACCCUUGUGAUGAAGACACUCAAAGAAAGAGAGGAGUCUAUGAUGAACUCAAAUCCUGUUUCAGACUUAAAUUCUUUUGGUGAUGAUGGGCACCAAAGCUCUUCACAGCUGGUACUCCAAGAUGGCCGUGAAAAUUUAAGUGAUUGUAGUGAAGAGGAUAAGACAUUUGUUACUGAAGAGCCUUCUCUACAGAGCCACCCUAUUGAAGAUGGCUCAGAAAUGGAAAGUGGAUCCAAAACUUUGCCUACAACUACUGAGAAUAUCAUUCCUAGAGGAAAUAGGUUGCUGUUUGAUAAUUGUCAUUGCAAUGUGGUAUCUCAAAUGUGCGCUUUGACAAAUGGAAUCUUUACUAGUUUGACUAAAGAUGAUCAAGCAAAUAUUUGUAAGAGCAGAAGUCUUCACUUGAGUAGUUCUAACAAGGUCACCUGUUCCGAAAAUGUGAUUGAGUUGCCAGUAGAAGGACCUGCAGAAAAAAAUAUGACAACUUCAAUUGUCGGGCAUAUUAUAAAGUCUAGAACAGAUUUAGCUGAAGCUUGGCGUUGA